CGGUUCUGACCGAUGACUGAGGAGUGAAGUCAGGUGGGAACCAAACGCAAACACUCCCGAAGGACCAGCAUCUUGUGGUGGGAAGUACCAAGGAACGACCACCAUCCAGAAUCUUCUGCUCUUUUCUUGUGCUCUCUGCUCUUCCCAUUUGCAUCUCUAAUCUGGCUCCUGGCCAUGGAGCUCUGGGUGGCCACCUUCUCCCUGUAGAUAGAAACGAGGACAAUUCUGUGACAUAGUCUUGUGGCCCUGCACCAGAGGGAUACGAAAUGACUUGAUGAAGGUUGUACAGGCAGCAACCAGGCCUCCAGACCCCAGAUACGGUGCCUUUUGCACAUUUGUCAUUGCCCUGCUGAAGCAGGCAGGACUCUGUGCCCUUCAACACUGGGCUGUCUCCGCCAUUGACACUGCUGUCCUGCUCGGGCGCCCUGGCCUGAGAUGUGUAUGGCUGGCAUCGUAGGAAACCCUGAAGCCAGAGUCUGAGCUACCCCAUCAUUUUCCAGGAGGAGGAACAACUGGAGAUACUGGUUUCUCAAAGUGACCCCACCUUUUGUGGUAAACAGGAGUGACUUCUCUUGGGGUGACUCAUUCAGAGAGGUCACCAUUAGGUUCAUAGGAACCUUUUUCUCCUUUUAUGGUGGUUUGCAGAAGUGAGAGAAGUGCCUCCCUGGAGAUUCUCUGGGGUCUCCCUGUGGCUCUGGCUCAUGGUGGGACUCACUGCUUCACCACAUUCUCACAUUGCCAGGGUGUUCUGCUGUAUCUGCGUCUACUUUUAAACAGCAGCUCAUGUUUCUUCCCCUCCUCUGGGAAAGGUUGUUGUGUAAACCUUUUAGACCAGCAAUCGCCAACCGGUGGUCCACUGACCACUGGUGGUCUAUGAGGUCUGAAAGGUUGGCGACCGCUGUUUUAGACAGAUCAAGAUUCCACAAUUGCCCCCAAAUAGACCCGAUCCCCUCCCCCAUCCGCACUCCUGGGCAUCAGGUCUCAGGUCUCAGGAGUGGGAGGGAGGUCACUGGGGUUCCCUGGGCUCCAAGUCAGCGCCCCAGAGCUGAGCAAGCAGUACCUGCCUGCCAAGGCUCCCUCACUGGGAGGCCUGGGUGUCCCCCAGGUUUCAGUGGGAGAAAGGAGAGGCACUUCAUUUGUAGCCUCUGAGUCCUAUUAGGGCACAAUGACUCAUGGCUUUGAAUGCAGACAACCUAUUAAAAGCAAGUACAGCUAAAGCUAUUCUUUUUUCUUUUUUGCUGUCUCAUGCCCUUGUGGAAGCAGGAAAGUGAGAGGGCCUUGAAAGUUUUCAAAGGCUUAUGUUUCAUCCCUUGGCACAUUUUGUGGCAGAAAGUGCUUAGGGUGUCCCAGGAGAUGAAGCUGGGCAGUGGGGUCAAACCGAGGUUCCCAGGUGGGCACUUGCCUCGCUGGCUCACUAUACCUGCCUCCAGGAGUGAACAAGAAUGCGUGGUGGAAAGCAGCUGUGGCAGCAACAAUACUAAGGAUACUGACGAAGGUGACGGCAUCCCUGGCAUUGAUGCAGCAUUCACAAUACUCCAGCUACUGUGCAAAGUUCUUAUUAACACAGGCUACCUCAUUUGACUCUCACAGGAACCCUGCAAAUUAGGACUUCACAGGCUGAGCUUCGGAGCACCCAGCUAGACCUGGAGCGGAAACUCAAGUUGAAUGAAAAUGCCAUUGCCAGGCUCCAAUCCAAUCAUAAAUCCGUUUUGGUGUCAGUGUCAGAGGUGAAGAUGGUGGCUGAGGAGCAGUUUGGGGAGCUCCUUGCUGCUGUGAGGAAGGCCCAGGCUGAUGUGAUGCUCUUUCUGGAGGAGAAAGAGCAAGCCGCCCUGAGCCAGGCCAAUGGCAUCAAGACGCACCUGGAGCACAGCAGCGCAGAGAUGGAGAAGAGCAGGCAGGAGCUGGGGAGGAUCGCUGCCAUCAGCAACACCGUGCUGUUCCUGGAGGAGUACUGCAAGUUUAAGAACACUGAGGACAGUGCCUUCCCUAGCGUUUACAUAGGACUCAAGGACAAGCUCUCGGGCAUCCGCAAGGUCAUCACGGACUCCACUGUGCACCUAGUCCAGUUGCUGCACAACUAUAAGGAAAAGCUCCAGGAGUUCGCGAAGGACGAGGAAUAUGACAUCAGAACGCAAGUGUCAGCUGUGGUCGAGCGCAAGUAUCGGACCUCAAAACCUGAGCCCAGCACCAGGCAGCAGUUCCUCCAAUAUGCCUGUGAUAUCACGUUUGACCCUGACACGGCACACAGGUAUCUCCGGCUGCAGGAGGACAACCGCAAAGUCACCAACACUACCCCCUGGGAGCAUCCCUACCCAGACCUCCCCAGCAGGUUCCUGCACUGGCGGCAGGUGCUGUCCCAGCAGAGCCUGUACCUGCACAGGUACUACUUCGAGAUCGAGAUCUCUGGGGCAGGAACCUACGUCGGCCUGACCUGCAAAGGCAUUGACCGGAAAGGGGAGGAGCGCAACAGCUGUAUUUCAGGAAACAACUUCUCCUGGAGCCUGCACUGGAACGGGAAGGAGUUCUCGGCCUGGCACAGCGACACGGAGACCCCGCUCAAAGCCGGCCCUUUCCGGAGGCUGGGCAUCUACAUCAACUUCCCGGGAGGGAUGCUCUCCUUCUAUGGUGUGGAGCCCGAUGCCAUGACUCUGGUUCACAGGUUUGACUGCAACUUUUCGGAGCCAGUCUACCCAGCCUUCUGGCUUUCCAAGAAGGAAGACACCAUCCGCAUUGUGGAUCUGGGAGAGGAGCCUGAGAAGCCGGCACAGGCCUCAGUGAAGGCUGCUCCUUAGACGCUGGAUCCACAUUCCAAACUGUUUGCUAACCGCAGGGCAGCAGCUUGCCCUCCGGGGGCAGAAAUCUCUGCCAGGGGUAGCUGGCUUGAGAAAUUUGUGGGUCUGUGAAUGAGGACAAGAGUCGCUGGCUUCUCCCUUCUGCUCUAUGCUGUGCUGGUCUUCGAGUUUGUAGUCAUAUUCAGGUAAAAGUCCUUUUUGAGUGAUACUCGAGUCUCCAAUCUUUGAGUGACAUCCUCCUGUCUGCUCAGGUGAACGGCACAUUGUACCUAUAACUGGUAACCAGGAAUCUUCAGGGAGAUAAAAAAAAAAAAAUCACAGAAUAAUCGCAAUAAAUUGCUAACUUUAUCACGCGUUUCCUGGGUCCCAGACACUGUUUUGAGUGCUUCCUGUGCAUCAACCCAGGGGCUCUCAUAUUACAAUCCCAUGGGUGGUGGGUGGAUGCUCAUAUCAGCCCCAAUUUGAAGACGGGAAAACUAUGGUCCAGGGGGGAUAGUUAACUUGCUCAAGGUCACUGCGGUCACAUGGUGAGUAGGUGACAGAGCUGGGGUUCAGACUUGAAGGGAUGACAUUAAACUUUUAACCACUA